GCUCUCGUGUGUAUUUGACGAGGCGUCGGAACGGUCCGUAAAACCCGUUUUUCCAAGAAAAUUUUCAAGCCGCGCCGAGCGUAGAGCUGGUAUAGAGCCACUGUUGGCCGAUUGGAGAGCCUCCUGUGAAGGCAUUCCUGCAACCCUGCGACUGGUGUCGAAAACCGGCACGCGUGCGGCUGCUGCAGGGCCCAAAACCAAAUAGCACCCAUUUGCUGCCAAACCAAAGCGCCGUGGCCGCCGCAAGCCCAGUAGCACUCGUUGGCAGCCAGAAAAAAAAAUGCGCGAGCGCAAGGCGAAACCCAAGGCGAAGAAAGGCCAGAAAAGCAAGGCCGCGCAGCACAGACAAAGCUGCAGCGGUCGAGGCGGCUUUAUGAUCGCAUUGCUCGCGCUCGCGGGAGGCGCGUACUACUUCCGGCCCGCUACAACACCACCGAUUCUAGAAGAGCAAACACCAGCGAUAGUCGUCGGCGUCGUCGAGGAGCACCACCACGUGCUGCCGUACUACGCGCGCGAGGUCGCGAAGAACACCAUACCUGUGGACGGUAAAGCCACGAUCUUACACUUGGACUCCCACGCGGACAUGGGCGUGCCCCGCGCUUAUCUGAAAGCGGACGCGCACAUGGAGCGUUUUUCGGCGAUCAACGAUUUUAUGAUUACCGCUGCGUUGACGGGCGUCGCCGAGCACUUGGUGUUUGUGGAACCGCCGUGGUCGAACCAAUUUAGAUGUUGUGUCUACGAAGGGAGUGCUACCUUCCAAUUCACGGUUGGUGUCGAUGACCAGAACAACGUGAGGGUCGCGGGCCCGAUGGCUAGAAGACUGGGCCACGUGUUUUGGAGGGACGGUCAAUCCCGAACAGCUUCAGUCGAUGACUUGAUGAACACGCGCGAUUUUCGAAUUACGGUGAUCAACGAAGAGCAUGCUCAUUUAGACGACAUUUUAGUGGCGAGCAUCGAUAGGACAAAACCGUUGAUAUUGGAUAUUGACCUGGACUACUUCGCGACGGAAAACUUCGGGGCCAUACCUCUGAGGGAUGAACUUGGGAUAAGUGAUGAGGACCUCAUGACGGCCUAUCAUCUGGCCUGGGACUUUCCGGAGCUUUCGGUCGAGUACCUGAGAAAAGGUGACCAUAAAGGGCGAGAGUCAAUGAGCUUUGACACGGAGCGGGCUCGGAACAUCGUCGCGGGGGGCCAGAAGUCGGCGCUGGCCACUCAUUUCCGCGAGGCGGUGUCGCGGCGGACCAGUGUUACAUCGGAAAGGAGAUCUUUGCUGCGCGAGUUCCUCGCGUCGAUACCGAUCAAAGGCGGUCAUUUGCGCGGCGACGAGCCCGAGGUCUUCUUCGAGCAGCCCUUCCACGUCCCCGAACCGCGGGCGUUGUCAGAGGAAGUGGACUUCGCGUUAGAUGACAUGCUCGCGGCACGGAUCCUGCCCCGUCUCCAACGGCCCGUGUUGGUGAACAUUGUGCGGUCGCCGGGCUACGUGCCCGUGCGCUACUUAGCUCUGCUGGAAUGCCGGACGCUGCGCACUUUGACAGAGGUUUAUGGCGCCUUCGAGGUCUCCCACGAAGGUAGGGUGGAUGUGACGAGGACGGGCUGUGAGGGUUUCAGGAGUGUAACUGUGUAACUGUUAUGACAGGGGGAAGGGGAGGGGGGGAAGGGAA